AUUUGUGAUCUUCACCUUUCCAACCGGAAGUUUAAACACAAUUUACUUUCAAUUAAGAAAUACAUUGCCAUUUUUGUUUAUUAACUUAUGAUUAGUAUGGUUUAUACAGGAUAAAGUCAUGGAUGCUACACAAGGCUUUGUUGAGGAAAUAGAUAUUCAAGAAAUAAACUUUUAUGAGAUAGUUGGUAAAGGAGCGUUUGGUGUGGUAAGCAGAGCUAGUUGGCGUGCAAAGGAUGUGGCAGUGAAGCUUAUAGAAACAGAGUCUGAAAAGAAAGCGUUCCUCACAGAGCUGAAGCAGCUGUCCCGUGUGAACCACCCAAACAUCGUCAAACUCUAUGGUGCAUGCUCAAAAGCACCUGUGUGCCUUGUUAUGGAAUAUGCAGAAGGAGGUUCACUGUAUAAUGUGCUACAUGGGGUGGGGCCUCAACCCAGCUACACGGCUGCCCAUGCCAUGAGUUGGGCUCUGCAGUGUGCCAACGGGGUGGAGUACCUGCACAGCAUGAAACCCAAGGCUCUCGUACACAGAGAUCUCAAACCACCCAACCUAUUGCUUAUCAUGGGUGGUACAGUGCUGAAGAUCUGUGACUUUGGCACUGCCUGUGACAUCCAGACACACAUGACCAACAACAAAGGAAGUGCUGCAUGGAUGGCACCAGAGGUCUUUGAAGGAAGCAACUACAGUGAGAAGUGUGAUGUGUUCAGCUGGGGUAUCAUCCUGUGGGAGGUGUUCACACGCAGGAAACCCUUUGAUGAGAUCGGAGGGCCGGCCUUCAGGAUCAUGUGGGCCGUCCACAAUGGUACACGACCACCCCUGAUCAGGAAUUUACCCAAGCCUCUGGAGCUCCUCAUGACAAGAUGCUGGUCAGGCAAUCCUAGAGAGAGGCCAUCCAUGGCAGAAGUGGCAAGAAUCAUGGCACAUCUCUUUCAGUUCUUUGCUGGUGCUGAUGAGCCCUUGGAGUACCCACAGUACGAGGACGAGUCACCAGACUACAUAAUCUAUGCAUCAGGCUUCAGUUCACACAUGCAGACCGGGGUCCCACUAUGGCACGAAUGCGUCGGGAAUCGUCCACACCAAAACCUGCUGCCAGCGUCUGGCGGGGAGUCCCGCACAAGCACCAUCAGUGAGACAGUGCGGCACAGCGGGGACUACAUACCUCCGGGGCAAACACAUGUCCAGUAUGUCUACUCACACAUCAGUGCUCCAUCAACUGUGCCGGAGGAGGAGAAUCUAGCCCAGAAGAGCGCUCCCCCCUCCCUGGCAGCCAGUAGAGAGAGUCUUGUUGGAAUACACAGCCCUCGCUCAGGGACACCCAUAGACUUUCAGAAGAGGUACUCUGCUGACCUGACACACAUGCCAGAGUAUAACAUCAUCACUCAAGGUGGCACACCAAUCAUACAUCCUAAAGUGUUAGGUCAUCGAAGGUCGGGGUCCCAUGGCACACCCACGUUCCUAGUGCCAGCGGGAGUUAUGCCUAAUGCAUGUUUAAUGCAGAACAAAGGUCGUGGUCACAGACGUAUUGGGUCAGACGGAUAUUCUGACAUCGUAACCACCCAUGGACCCAUGGUGCAGCCCCCCUCCAACAUCAGCAUCCAGAAGUCUCCCCCUGCAACCAUACACCACGUCAGCACCUAUCCAGGCAAUCUGCACACAGGGUCAAGAGAGACUACUCCAGUGCCUCAUGCAGGUUCCAGGGAGAAUACUCCGCCCUGCCGGUCAGUGUCCUAUAACCCCACCCCCACAACAGCUGACUCGACCAAUCGGGCCGCAGGCAGGUCCGCCUCCUGGACCUCAGAGGUUCCCAUCAUGCCUCCACUCAGCGUCAAUGUCAAUCUUGGCCCUGACCCAGCUAUGCCAUACUUAGGGGCUGGUGUAACACAUAUCCUUCACAACCCGCUGUCCAACCAAGCGAUGUCCCUUGUCUAUCAGUCACUGGACCACCAGUACCAGCCGAUAGCUCCAUGUCCCACCAGCAGUGAAUCUAUGGAGAUCUUUCACCGGCACUGCAAGCUGGCCCAGCAGUAUCUGCGGUAUCAGACAGAGAUAGCCAUGUUUGAGCAGACAAGGCACGAGCUGCGUAAGGAGCUGCAGGAUGACGUGAUGGACCAGCAGAGCAACGACCAGCUCAUGGAGGAGUACAUCAAACUGUCCAGUGAGAAUGAGAGCCUGAAGAAGUUCCACCAGAAUCUCACCAUGCAGCUGGACCAGAUCAAGAAAAAGCAGCAGAACACGAAGCGUUAUGGAAACCUGAAAUGAAACAUUAUAAGCAGCAGAACACCAAGCGUUAUGGAAACCUGAAAUGAAACAUUAAAAGCAGCAGAACACGAAGCGUUAUGGAAACCUGAAAUGAAACAUUAUAAGCAGCAGAACACGAAGCGUUAUGGAAACCUGAAAUCAAAAAUUAUAAGCAGCAGAACACGAAGCGUUAUGGAAACCUGAAAUCAAAAAUUAUAAGCAGCAGAACACAAAGCGUUAUGGAAACCUGAAAUGAAACAUUAUGGGGCUUCCUCACACCUUGUCUCAACAUCUGAUUGCCUCAAAAUAUUGUCAAAAACGUCUGAAACUUGAUAUGUCCUCCACAAAUCUGAAAUGUUAUGAAGUUUUCUGACACCUUGACGGCAUGUGUGGAGGUUUGUGUCUUGUCAUCAUGACUCAUCAUAAAUGGUUGGUUCUCACUGCCAUGUCUUGAGUUUUCAAGAGCCAAUGCCUUGACUGUGGCCUGGUGCACUGAUCUUCAUCUAUCUAGACAUAGCCAAUGCCUUGACUGUGGCCUGGUACACUGAUCUUCAUCUAUCUAGACAUAGCCAAUACCUUGACUGUGGCCUGGUACACUGAUCUUCAUCUAUCUAGACAUAGCCAAUGCCUUGACUGUGGCCUGGUGCACUGAUCUUCAUCUAUCUAGACAUAGCCAAUGCCUUGACUGUGGCCUGGUGCACUGAUCUUCAUCUAUCUAGACAUAGCCAAUACCUUGACUGUGGCCUGGUACACUGAUCUUCAUCUAUCUAGACAUAGCCAAUGCCUUGACUGUGGCCUGGUGCACUGAUCUUCAUCUAUCUAGACAUAGCCAAUGCCUUGACUGUGGCCUGGUGCACUGAUCUUCAUCUAUCUAGACAUAGCCAAUGCCUUGACUGUGGCCUGGUACACUGAUCUUCAUCUAUCUAGACAUAGC